GGAAUGCCGCCAGCACGGAGUCCCUGAUUCAGAUGAGAAUUAGUGGACAGCACUACUCCAAGGCAUGAUCUUUGUGCCUACGGAUGAGCAGGCGGAUCCGACACCGGCGGAGGCAAAAAGGAGUAACCUGGCUGACUUAACGCUGUAUAUGAUGAGGGCGGUAAUGUGGAACAACACGAUGCAGAUGGUGCACACGCACACAGGACGGCAGCCGAGGCAGACUCAGCAGAAAGAGUCUUCAACCUUAACAGCCGCCAUCUGCGCAGCAGCACAACAUCAGCAACAACAGCAACAACUGUUGGCAUCCACUAUCACACGCGUCAACAGCAUCGAGGCUAAGCCCUCAGCAGCGCCAGGCUGCAGGACAGACAUAGCGAAGCAGCUCGGAGAGCGCAUCGACUGUGUCGUCAACAUCAUCGGCGACCUGGGUGACUUUACCAGUCUGGCCACGAUCAGCAGCACGGUGGCCGCCAUCAAGACGGACAUCACCAAACUGCAGUCACGACCAGAAGCCACCGCGAAGGCAUACAAGAGGCCACGCUUCAACAUCGGGAAGUUUGAUGAUUACAACAAAACAGACGCUUUGGCAUGGUGGCAAGCCUUCAUCACCGAAGCAGCUUGCCACCACGUGCCAGGCGACCUGAUGACGACAGCACUCUACCUCCAACUCAUUGGAGGAGCACAGGCAUUCAUGAACCAUCUGGCGGCCAAUCUGGGAACCACCAUCGCCGACCUGCACACGCACAUCACGUGGGAGCAACUGGAGCAAAUGUGGCACACUCGAUUCAUGGUCCGAAACGUAGUGGAGGCGGCCAUGAACGAGACGAUCAAGUGGCAGAAGAUAGUAACCACUCCCGGUUUCGACUUAAGUUUCCCAAACCUGCGAUCCGAAUUCUUUUCGCGAUCGUGCGGAGGACUGUGGUCGGCACUCGGUAACGAGUACGACUAUGCCUCGUUCAAGGCUAUCCUUGACCGUGGGAACCUGGUCAUCCAAACAGACGACAAGGCCGCCAACGAAAGGCAGUCCCAGCCGCAAUAUGUGGCUAAGCAAGGCUACCAAAGGCCGACGCAUAACAAUGCGGUGAUCGCUGACGGAUCACCUGAUCUCCACGCUGCAGCAGCCUCCUCGAGUGGUGGAGGAGUUGUCGCAGCGCUUCCGCCGAAGCGUCCUAAAAGGGUUCGGAAGAACAAGGCGACACAAGGGACGAUAGCGACGGAGACUGGGCAGCAACCAUGGACGGCAUACAACAUCACCACGGAAGUUUUCGAACUUCGCCAACGGAUUACUCUCGAGGCGGGUGUCGUCCCUCCGCGUGGAUGCAUUUACCGCAUGAGCGAAGAGGAACUCGAGGUGCUUCGCGCACAACUCGACGACCUUCUCGACAAGGGCUGGAUUUGCCCUAGUUGUUCGCCAUAUGGUGCACCGGUUCUCUUCGUCCGGAAGAAGAACAAGGACCUACAGUUGUGCAUCGACCAUAAAGAAAUUAACGCACAAACCGUAAAGAACGCCAACUCUCUCCCUCGGAUUGAUGAUCUCCUUGAGCGGUUGGGCGGCGCGACGUACUUCUCGAAGUUGGACUUGAGGUCUGGUUACCACCAGAUUGAAAUCCAGCCUCAAGACCGGUACAAGGCCGCUUUCAAAACGCGGUAUGGGCAUUUUGAGUGGGUCGUGAUGCCAUUUGGACUCACCAACGCCCCGACAACCUUCCAAGCAGCCAUGACAACAGAGUUCCGAGACUUGCUCGAUUGUACCGUCCUCAUCUACCUCGAUGAUAUCUUGGUCUAUAGUCGAACGCUUGACGAGCACCUCGUACACCUUCGUGCAGUUUUGGAUCGGUUGCGAGCAGCCAAGUACAAAGCAAACCGCGACAAGUGCGAAUUUGCCGAACACGAGCUUGCGUACUUAGGCCACUAUGUGACGCCGAAAGGCAUUCGUCCCUUAGCGGACAAGAUCCAAGCCAUCGUGGAUUGGCCGGAACCCCGUUGCACUACGGGCGUACGCUCUUUCAUGGGUUUGGCUGGAUACUAUCAGCGUUUUGUCGAGUCCUACUCCAAAGUGGCAGCCUCUUUGUCGAGACUUCAGUCCCCGAAGGUACUAUUCGAGUUCGACGACGCAGCUCGUGGCGUGUUCAAUACGUUGAAGGCGGCGAUGCAAGACUUGUCGGCCCUCCGUAUCUAUGACCCCACCCUACCCACCCAAGUGACUAUGGACGCUUCCGGAUACGGUAUUGGUGCGGUGUUAGAACAAUGCCACCCGGACGGUUGGCACCCGGUCGAGUACUUCUCCCAAAAGGUGCCUCUCGUCAACUCUCUCCACGACGCUAGGAAGAAAGAGUUACUCACGUUCGUCACCGUUCUCAAAUGGUGGCGCCACUUUCUUCUCGGUCGUCGGUGUUUUAAAUGGACCACGGACAAUAAUCUGUUGACCUACUACAAAACGCAGGACACGGUCACUAGCACAAUCGGUCGAUGGAUGUAUUACAUCGACCAGUUUGACUUUGACCCAUGCCACAUCCCCGGUCCCGCUAACCGAGCAGCGUACGCCCUCUCACGACGGCCCGAUUUUUGUGCCCUAGUGACUACGACGUUCCUGCUCGACGGCGAUCUGCAGCAGCACUUCGUCAAUGGCUACAAGUCCGACCCGACAUACUCCACGCUCUACGCGAAGCUUUCGUCAGAUCACCCGCCGGCUGGUCACUAUCGUAUCUCCGACGGGUUCCUACUCCUCCACACGAGAGGAAAGGACUUGGUAGUGGUGCCCCAAGAUCGCAUCUUACGGACUCGCCUCCUUGGCGAAUUCUUGGACGCACGACUUUCAGCACACCUCGACAUAACCUGCACAUUGGCCCGCCUCCACCAGCGUUUUCACUGGCCCUACGUUCUUCAUGACGUCACGUACAUUGAGUCAUGCGCAGUUUGCCAUCGCAACAAAGGUAGAUCUCAGGUCCCUUAUGGCAAAUUGAAACCGAUGCCAAUCCCUCGGGCACCGCGCCUCUCCAUUGCUAUGGAUGUUACAGGCCCGUUUCCCCUCGAUCGCCUCGGUCAUGACGGCAUCCUCACGGUCGUUGACCGUUUGAGCAAAUACGGUCGUUUUCUUCCAUGCAAGGACCGUGCUACAGCCCCCGAGCUCGCACGACUCUUGCACACCGACUGGAUUACUUGCCACGAUGUUCCGGAAGACAUUGUGAGCGAUAGAGACACUCGCUUCAUGUCAUCCUUUUGGAUUUCCCUCAUGACGGAGCCUCGCACGACUCUUGUACACCGGCUGGAUUACCUGCCACGGUUUUCCGGAAGACAUUGUGAGCGACAGAGACACUCGCUUCAUGUCAGUCUUUUGGACUUCCCUCAUGACGGAGUCCGGUUCGACUAUGAAGCCGAGUUCCGCACAACACCCGCAGACGGAUGGGCAGUCGGAACGAGCGCAGCAGACCGCUCAAAUGAUGUUAUGUACACUCAUCCGUUCCGACCAGAAAGAUUGGGUUGACCGGCUUCCCGACAUCGAGUUUGCCUAUAACACUUCG